AUGCCGUCCGCCAUAAAUGCAGCAGUGGCUCAGCAGACAGCUGCUGGGUCAGUUCCCAGCACUACUGUUACCACUACAGCUGAAGGUACAGGUGGGGGCACAGGGGGGAUUUAUUCUGCCAUUAUAAGUCGCAACCAGCCCAUUAUCAAAGUAAAGGAAAAGACCUAUGAAGAGCUUCACAAGAAGUGCCUGGAGAAAAACAUUCUCUAUGAGGAUCCUGAUUUCCCACCUAAUGAGAGUUCCCUCUUCUACAGCCAGAAAAUCCCCAUCAAGUUUGAAUGGAAAAGACCACGUGAAAUCUGUGAGAAUCCACGAUUUAUUAUUGGUGGAGCUAACAGAACAGAUAUCUGCCAAGGAGAAUUAGGUGACUGCUGGUUCCUGGCUGCCAUUGCUUGUCUGACACUGAAUAAAAAACUGCUCUGCAGAGUUAUACCUCAUGACCAGUCCUUUAUACAAAACUAUGCUGGCAUCUUUCACUUUCAGUUUUGGCGCUAUGGAGACUGGGUGGAUGUUGUCAUCGAUGACUGCCUACCCACAUACAACAACCAGCUGGUCUUCACCAAGUCCUCCCAGCGCAACGAGUUCUGGAGCGCUCUCCUGGAAAAGGCUUAUGCAAAACUCCACGGGUCCUACGAAGCUUUGAAAGGAGGCAACACCACAGAGGCCAUGGAGGACUUCACUGGAGGAGUGACAGAGUUCUAUGAGAUAAAGGAUGCUCCUAAAGAUAUCUAUAAAAUCAUGAAACAUGCCAUUGCCAGAGGAUCCCUCAUGGCCAGCUCCAUUGAUGAUAACUUAGGCUUUUCCUAUGGAUCAGCUCCUCGAAGUGACAUUGGCGAACUGAUUGCUCGAAUGGUGAAGAAUCUAGAAAAUGCACAGAUGUCUCACCCCACUGUGGACUACCAGGGGACAGAUGAAAGGCCAGCCUGGACCAUAGUGCCAAUGCAGUAUGAAACCCGGAUGUCUUGUGGGCUGGUCAAAGGUCAUGCCUACUCUGUCACGGCUGUGGAAGAGACAACAUUUAAAGGGGAAAAAAUACGCCUGGUAAGGUUGAGAAACCCCUGGGGACAGGUGGAAUGGAAUGGACCUUGGAGUGAUAAAUCGGAAGAGUGGAACUUCAUUAAUGAAGCAGAGAAAAUCCGUUUGCAACACAAGAUCGCGGAGGAUGGGGAGUUCUGGAUAUCUUUCGAAGAUUUCAUGAGGCAUUUCACAAAACUUGAGAUCUGUAACCUCACACCUGAUACUCUGGAAGCUGAUAAACUCCAGACCUGGACUGUGUCAGUCAACGAAGGGCGCUGGGUGAGAGGCUGCUCAGCUGGAGGCUGCCGCAAUUAUCCAGAUACAUUUUGGACCAAUCCCCAGUAUCGUUUGAAGCUCCUGGAGGAAGAUGACGAUCCUGAGGAUGAAGAGGUUAUCUGCAGCUUCCUUGUUGCACUGAUGCAGAAAAACAGGAGGAAAGAACGCAAGCUGGGAGCCAACCUGUACACCAUUGGCUUUGCCAUCUAUGAGGUGCCCAAAGAGAUGCAUGGCACUAAGCACCACUUGCAAAAGGAUUUUUUCCUCUACAAUGCCUCCAAAGCUAGAAGUAAGACCUACAUAAACAUGCGAGAAAUCUCUGAGCGCUUCCGGCUGCCUCCCAGCGAGUACGUUGUCAUACCAUCAACAUACGAACCCCACCAGGAGGGAGAAUUCAUCCUGAGGGUUUUCUCAGAGAAAAGAAGUCUUUCAGAGGAGGUUGAAAACAUGAUUGAGGCAGACCGUCCAUCAAAGAAGAAAAAAGGCAAGCCUAUCAUCUUUGUUUCUGACAGAGCAAACAGCAAUAAGGAGCUGACAACAGAUGAAGACGCUGGCAAAGAUGGUGACAAAACCCACGUAGAUGAGAAAAAGCGUCCUUCAGCAAAAGCUCGUGAAGAGAAUGAAGAGGAAAAACAGUUUAGGAAUAUUUUCCAACAGAUUGCAGGAGAUGACAUGGAAAUCAAUGCUGAAGAGCUCAGGAAUGUUCUAAAUAAUGUCGUAAAAAAACAUAAGGACCUAAAGACAGAAGGAUUUGAACUGGAAUCCUGCCGCAGCAUGAUUGCUUUAAUGGAUACAGACGGCUCAGGGAAGAUAAACUUUGAUGAGUUUCGACAUCUCUGGGACAAGAUUAAAAGCUGGCAGAAAAUUUUCAAGCGUUAUGACACAGAUCAUUCGGGAACUAUUAACAGCUAUGAGAUGCGCAAUGCAGUCAAGGAUGCAGGAUUUCGGCUGAACAACCAGCUCUACGACAUCAUUACAAUGCGCUACGCCGACAAGAACAUGAACAUAGAUUUUGACAGCUUCAUCUGCUGCUUCGUGCGACUGGAUGCUAUGUUCAGGGCAUUCCACGCCUUUGAUAAAGAUGGAGAUGGAAUCAUUAAGCUCAAUGUGCUGGAGUGGCUGCAGCUCACCAUGUACGCCUAA